GUAAAACGGGCCACGCAGAGGUUGUACGAGUAGUAUAUCAGCCAGAAAACAUCAGCUUUGAGAAACUGCUCAAGGUCUUCUGGGAGAAUCAUGACCCGACACAAGGAAUGCGACAAGGUAAUGACUUUGGCACACAGUAUCGCUCGGCCAUCUACACGUUUUCUCAGGAACAGAUGGAAGCUGCCUUGAGAUCUAAGGAAGAAUAUCAAAAGAGUGAGGAUAUACCAGUCAGAGCUGUUUUACCAGCUGAGAAGUGGCGAUACAGCGAUGAAUAUGCAUGGAGCCGUGCGUCUUUAGCUGCUGAUGGAACUGAAUGCGUGCAGUCAGAGUCAGCUAGUG